AUGGACCAACGCCACCAGUCCCACCACAGACCACAACAUCCAAACUCCAAUCACCACGACAACCACCAGUCAACAUUCAAGAGAGACAUGGAUGACAGUGGGAGAGGUCAUUUCCAACACAAGCGCUUCAGACCCGGUCAUCAGAACCAUCACCAGGCUGGCCCUUCAACACCCCCAUCCAGCCCCCCGACCCAGAGCCUGAGCGUACAACGACAGCUGUACGAGAGAGACUUCCCCUUAUACAAACAGCCUGUGGAGGUGGGAAAUUUCUCCCUGGACUCUGAGCGCAGGUUUUUCAACGACGCCCGGCAGCUGCGUUACUACAUGGAGCCAGAGAAGAGUUGUCCUAACUUCGACCUGAGGGACGGGUACAGGGGCCGCUUCGUCAAGAGGGACGACAGGGUGAAGGAGAAACUGGACCACAUCCUCAGAUGGAUCCUGGCAAACAGGUCCAAGCUGCAGUCGAAGGACACAGCUGCUUCUUCUUCCCCAUGGUAAGCACCACUAGUGGCAGUUUAAGAGAUGUUAUUUUGAUUGAUACAAUAUUCAUCAAUAGCAACACUUUUCUGUCUAGUUAUACAGAUAUAGGCCCACUAAUCGUCAGUCAUCAAGGCCAUAAACAUUUCAGAAUGGGAUCAGUUGUGAUGGACACAAUAUUCAAUAUACACACACUCAAUAUCCUCAGUCAAUCCUGUGAUUCCCAGUCACCAGGAAUGACUGGGACUAUAUUGACCUGUGUGUUCUGUCGGACAUGUAUUCUUUGAUCGACCUCUCCUACCAGUGCAUUAGGUGUAGACAUUGUGACAUGGCGCGGCCACCUGACCAAGCUGUUGACCACGCCCUAUGAGACCCGGGAGGGCUGGCUGCUGGCUGUGACCAGGAUGGGGGGGACACUGUACAUCAGUGAGGUGGAGACCGAGGCUGCACGCCGGGACCGGGAGAACCGCACUGAGAGGCAUGAGGAGAUGAUGUACUGGGGGUACAAAUUUGAACAGUACACCUGUGCAGGUAGAGGAUGGCUUCUUGUAUUCCUCUUUUGCUGUAUGCACUGAGUUGUUGUUAUGUUGUGGUGGACUACUUUCAGAUGGUUGAUUGCUGAUAGUUUUUAUUGAUGGUUUUAUAUCAAUAUGACUUGAGAUUGGUGUACAGUACCUGAAUAACCUACACCCAGACAUGCAUGAUAUUUCUCAUACUUGGGAUGCUAGUUGGAGGCCUUGGAUGGUUUUGAAAUGUCUCUAAUCUUCUUUCAGAUGACGCCCGGAGUCUUCCAGAUCCAGGUGGGGUUGUGAACACCAACGAGGCCUUCUGCACUGUGGUCCAGACCCGGCUAGCUGAGCACAGAUUGCUGUUCUCUGGCGAGGUGGACUGUCGGGACAAAGACCCCAAGGCCCCAUCUCCUCCAGCCUGCUACAUCGAGAUGAAGACCUCACUGGAAAUCUCCACCCCCAAACAACGCAGCAACUUCCACAGGUAAUCUAUCCCAGAUACACUCUACACUAGCCCUACGGCCCUAUUAUGGAGAUGAUUGCACAUCUAUAUCUUAUAUCUCUGGAUAUCUGCAGUAGGGCAAUUCCAUGUUAAUGGAAUUAGGCUGAGACUCAGAUUUUUCACUUUAAAAUGUAUACCAAACAAAAGCUAUUGAUUUCAAAGUUUAACAAACCCUACAACUCUAUGCACACUGACUAUGUUGAACAAUUUACACAGUAAAAAAAAACAUUUACUUGAAAAACUGUGCAGGUGCAAAGUUUGGUAACAUAAUUACGGUAAAAUCUUCCUCAGUUUUAUUCUGUUACCAAACUUUGUAUCUGCACAGUUCUUCCUGUAAAUGUGUUUUUGUAACAUUUUCUGUGGAAAUUCUUAAAGUAGUCUUUGUGCAUAGAGUUGAAUGGUUCGUUAAACUUUUCAAUUGUUUUUUUUAUACAUACAUUUUAAAGUGAAAAAUCGGAGUCUCAGUGUAAUUCUGCUACCAUGGAAUUGCCCAGUAAGCAGCUCUGUUGUCCCCGUCAGGUAAAGACUGGCUGAUGAAUAUACACAGAAUGAGACUGGAACCAAAGCUAGCUCCUCACAUCUUCAGUUGGAACAUUUUCCCAAGAGAGUGAAAAUGUGUGUUUUCUCUUGUGUAUGUUCUCCAUCCAGGUUUAAACUACUAAAGUGGUGGGCCCAGUCCUUUCUUCCUGGGGUGCCGCGAAUCGUAGCCGGUUUCCGUGAUCAUGACGGAGUGGUUGUGUCUGUGGAGACUUACCACAUCUCCAAGAUAUCUCAGCUUAUCAAGGUACAGUUCGGGUUUUAUUUUCUUCUGAAAAAGAACAUACACAUUUGUAACAAGUCUCAUACCAGAAACCCAGUAUGUCUGAGAAAUAUAGGAUGCCUAUUUUGUGAGUUUAAAAACAAUGUGCAUGCGUGUUUGUCCUAAGUGGUCGUCUCUAUUCUCUCAUAUAGAAUGAAACCAACUGCUGGAAGCCAACUGUCUGCAUGAACUUCUGCUGUGAAUUCCUGUCCUUCGUGAAGAGUGUGGUCACAGAAGACAAUCCCAGGUGAUGCUUGAUAUGGUCAAGAUUCUUUUUACAGUACUUUUUUUUUUUUUUUAAGCUUAAGAGAACUUGCUAUUGCAUGCAGUCGAGUUUCCCUAGAAACGUUCUGACUCUAGUUAACUAUGUUAUUUCUUUCUCUCAGGGUGGUGCACCUGUUCUCAUGGGAUCCACACCGAGACGUCACCUACUCCAUCCACAGAGACUCUCAGUACUCCUUCCUACCAGACUGGUACGUCAGGGAGAUGACCAGUUCAACCAGU